UUUUCAAACGAAUCGGUACAGCGCGCAAGAACCCGAAAGAAAUCGAGUCACGGCAAAACAGAAAAAAGAAUCUGACUGCGUUAUGCCAAGAGAAAACCGAGCAGCCGAGAGUAAACAGAUCUAGCGAGCUGCCGGGUCGCCCCCAGUGUCCACCUGCUCGCUAACUAUUAAUUGACCCCGAGGGUAAAUGUUUAUAGGCGAAUAGUUAGCUGCCUUUAACUACGUCAAUGGCCGAGCCUAACACGCAGAAUGGCGAUGCUGACGCCGCUAGCCAGGCGGAAGCGAAACAAAUUAAGCAAACGAAACAGCCCCAAAUGGAAACUGUCAACUAUCAUCAGCUCUUUCGCUAUGCUCGCGGCAUAGACUAUCUGUUGCUCCUCUGCGCUCUGAUAGCAGCUCUCCUGCAUGCUCUCGUCUUUCCCAUUGCCAUCAUAGUCUAUAGCGAGCUGGUGGCCAUGUUCAUUGAUCGUAGCCUGGGCGUGGGAACCAGCUCGGGCACCAAGGCUCUGCCUGUGUUUGGUGGCGGCAAGCAGCUCACCAAUGCCAGCUAUGAAGAAAACAUGCAGGAGCUGCGCAAAGAUAGCGUCGCAUUUGGCAUAAUCAUGACCCUUGACUCGCUUCUAAUGCUUUUUUCCGGCAUGACCUUUGUGAACAUAUUCAAUCAUCUGGCACUCAAGCUGACGGUAAACAUGCGCCGGGAGUUCUUCAAGGCGACGGUCAGGCAGGAGAUCGGCUGGCACGACAUGGCCAAGGAUCAAAACUUUGCUGUGCGCAUAACCGAUAAUAUGGAAAAGAUACGCACAGGCAUGGCUGAGAAUCUGGGCCACUUUGUAACCAUCAUAUGCGACGUGGCCAUAAGUGUCAUCAUAUCCUUUGUCUACGGCUGGAAAUUGGCCUUGGCCAUGUUCUUCUACAUACCCCUGACCAUGGUGGUAAAUGCAGUUGUUGCUCACUAUCAGAGCAAGCUAACAGCCCGCGAGCAGAGCUCUUAUGUGCGCGCCAGCUCUGUUGUGGAGGAAGUAAUUGGAGCUAUACGCACUGUGGUAGCAUUUGGGGGCGAGCAGUCCGAGUCGACACGCUAUGAUACGCUACUCAAGCCUGCUGUUAAGGCUGGCAAAUGGAAGGGCGCCUUCUCCGGUCUCAGCGAUACGGUCAUGAAGGCCAUGAUGUUCAUAGUGGGCGCUGGCGCCUUUUGGUAUGGCGCCAAUCUGAUUCUGCACGAUCGUGCCAGCGACAUACGUAUCGAGGAUCGCAAGUAUACGCCUGCGAUCGUCAUGAUUGUGAUUUCGGGCAUAAUCGUGGGCGCCAAUCAACUGUCUCGAACGUCGCCCUUUCUGGAGACCUUUGCCAUGGCUCGCGGAUCGGCGAGCGCCAUUUAUGAUGUUAUCGAUCGUGUGUCUGUUAUCGAUCCGCUCUCCAAGGCGGGCAAAAUACUCAACUAUGGCCUGAAGGGCAACAUCGAGUUUCGUGAUGUGUUCUUCCAGUAUCCCGCACGAAAGGAUAUUAUUGUGCUGAGGGGACUCAAUGUGACCGUCAAGGAAGGCCAAACUGUGGCUUUGGUUGGCUCCUCGGGCUGCGGCAAAUCAACCUGUGUGCAGCUGUUGCAACGCUUCUACGACCCAGUAUUUGGACAAGUGCUCUUGGAUGGCGAGGAUGUGCGGAAAUACAAUCUAAACUGGCUGCGCUCUAAUAUAGCUGUGGUUGGUCAAGAGCCUGUGCUGUUCCAGGGCACCAUUGCUGAAAACAUACGCCAUGGCAAGCCGCUGGCUACCCAAAAGGAAGUCGAAGAUGCUGCCAAAGCCGCCAAUGCUCACGAGUUCAUCAUUGCGCUGGAUAAUGGCUAUGACACACACAUUAGCGAGAAGGGUGUUCAGCUCUCCGGCGGACAGCGUCAACGCAUUGCCAUAGCCAGAGCUCUUAUACAGAGUCCCAAGAUACUACUUCUGGAUGAGGCCACCUCCGCUUUGGAUUAUCACUCCGAGAAACUGGUGCAGGCCGCCUUGGACAAGGCCUGCAAAGGACGCACCACGCUAGUUGUGUCGCAUCGCUUAUCCGCGAUCAGGCACGCUGAUCAAAUAGUUUACAUCGAGAACGGCAAGGCUGUUGAGCAGGGCACUCAUGAGGAUCUGAUGAAGCUGCAGGGCUUUUACCACAAAAUGGUCGCAGCUCAUGAAUAUGACGAUAAGGCUGAUGAGCUACUCAAUGAUUGCGAGGAGCUGCCUAAGGAGCGCAAACAAUCCAAGGAUGUGGAACAGUUGCAUAGAAACUCUCUGAAAUCCCUAGAUAAGAACUCGGAGUUCCAAAUGAAGGGUUUGAAUCCACUUAAGAAGCAAACAGUUGAAGAGCUAGAGAAGGCUACAAAUGCCAAAAAAAUCAGCUACCCGCGCACAUUCUUCCGAGUCCUGGCCACAGCGCGCCCAGAGUGGGGCUUCCUCAUCAUUGGCACAAUAUGCGCAGGACUCUAUGGUUGUGCCAUGCCAGCCUUCUCCAUUGUGCUGGCCGAGCUGUAUGCCUCACUGGCCGAGCCCACAGACGAAGCGGUGCUGGAGCACAGCUCGUCCAUGUCCAUCAUCACCGUUGUGAUUGGCAUCUGUGUGGGCAUCUUCUGCUUCGUGCAAACCUUUUUCUAUAAUCUAGCCGGCGUGUGGCUAACCUCGCGCAUGCGCUCCAAGACGUUUAGCUCCAUUAUGAAACAGGAAAUGGGCUGGUUUGAUGAGAAGGAGAACAGUGUCGGCGCACUGUCCGCUCGCCUGUCGGGCGAUGCAGCCAGUGUCCAAGGCGCAAUCGGGUUUCCCCUCAGCAACAUAAUUCAAGCUCUCACCAACUUUGUCUGCAGCUUUUCCAUUGCCUUCUCCUAUUCGUGGGAGCUGGCGCUUGUCUGCCUAAGUACAGCUCCAUUCAUGGUGGGCUCCAUCAUCUUUGAGGCCCGGUUCAGUGAAAAGUCCGCGCUGAAGGAGAAGAAUGUGCUAGAGGAGACGAGUCGCAUAGCCACAGAAACCAUUGCACAGAUACGAACUGUGGCCGCGCUGCGCAGAGAGGAGGAACUGAUCAAGGUCUAUGAUGCGGAAGUGGAACGAUAUCGCCUACAAAUAAAAAGCCGCUUGAAGUGGCGGGGCCUGGUCAAUGCCAUGGGCAUGACUCUCAUGUUCUUUGGCUACGCUGUCACCUUGACCUAUGGCGGCUUUAUGUGUGCCGAAGGCAGAAUCAAAUUUGAGGUUAUUAUGAAAAUUGCCAACACGAUGCUCUACGGUCUGUUCAUCUUGGCUCAGUCCUUGGCCUUCACGCCAGCCUUCAAUGCGGCGCUGCUUUCGGCCACGCGCAUGUUCGAGAUUAUAGAUCGUCCGCCUCUCAUACAGUCUCCAAGUGUGAUCGAUCAGAAUGGCAAUGGCAAGAUCUGCAAGACGAACGUUGUUGAGCAGGGCGUUAGCUAUCGUGGCAUCAACUUUGCCUAUCCAUCACGACCUGACAACUCGGUGCUGCAGGACUUCAAUCUGGACGUGCUGCAGGGCCAAACAGUUGCGCUGGUUGGUGCCUCCGGCUCCGGCAAAUCCACCUGCGUUCAGCUGCUGAUGCGCUACUAUGACCCGGAUGAGGGCAAGAUUCUCAUUGAUCAGGAGUGCAUACAUCAGGACAUGAAGCUAAAGACCUUGCGUCGUCGCCUGGGCAUAGUCUCGCAGGAGCCGUCGCUCUUUGAGAAAACAAUCGCUGAGAAUAUCAGCUAUGGCGACACCUCGCGCAGCGUACCCAUGCAGCAGAUUAUUGACGCAGCCAAGAUGGCGAAUGCCCAUGAUUUCAUAAUGACACUGCCCGCCCAAUACGAGACCAUGUUGGGCUCUAAAGGCACCCAGCUGUCGGGUGGACAAAAGCAGCGCAUUGCCAUUGCCCGCGCCAUGGUGAGAAAUCCCAAGAUUCUGCUGCUGGACGAAGCGACGUCGGCUUUGGAUAUGCAAAGUGAAAGGGUGGUGCAACAGGCUCUGGACUCCGCCUGCUCGGGUCGCACCUGCAUUGUGAUUGCCCAUCGCCUGUCCACGGUGCAGAAUGCCAAUAUCAUCUGCGUCAUACAGGCCGGACGCAUCAUAGAGCAGGGUACACACGCACAGCUGCUGGCCAAGAAUGGCAUCUACGCCAAGCUGUAUCGCAGUCAAUCCAAGUCCAAAUAAUGCACACAACUAUGCAACAAUAAAGCUGAAAGCAACUCUUUAGUUUAGCCAAGACACCAACCACACAGCCCACAAAAGUAUGCUACGAAUAUUUCAAGCAACUAUAAAUAGAAAUAGCCCCAAAUCUGUAUACGUAAAGCGGCCAAACUUGAUUUGUGGGUGGUAGAGCGAGGGGAUUUUGGAAGUAUUUUGAUAUGUUUUUAAUGGGGCUAUAAAGAAACAUUCACU